GUGUCGUUUCUUCCCCUUCCUGAGGUAAAAACGGAAGAAAAGAAAGAAAACAGUGCGGGAUGAGAGGAGCAGGAUGUUAGCAUCGAUUAGCCAAACCUAAUAAAUACAGAGUGUUUAGAAGUUUCUGAGGGAUUUGAAGGAGAACAGGAAGCAGAAUGGACGUGCAGUUCUAUCUACAGAGGUUUGAGUCCGGGAUGAGCAGCUACACUGGAGAUGAUCCUCUGGACUCCUGGGAUAAGUUUGUGGACUUCCUGGACUCCAGACUUCCCCCUGAGGAGAGGAGUAAGGUGUGUAUGGUGCUGGAGCGCCUGGUGCAGACCUUCCUGCAGGACAAACGCUACCACAACGACCUCCGCUUCAUCAACCACUGCAUCCGCUGUGCCAGUUACCAGCCGGACCCGGUGCGAGUGUACGGUCAGGUGCACGGGUGCGGUGUGGGGACGCGGUCGGCCGCUCUGUACAUCGGCUGGGCUCAGCAGUGUGAGGGGCGGAGUCUAAUCCUGCAGGCCGAGCAGGUCUAUCAGAGAGCGCUGGAGAACCGCGCGGAACCUCACGACACCCUGCAGACCCAAUACAGGUUGUUCCAGAGCAGGACAGGACGGCCUCAGACGUCUCCCUCAGAAGCAGUCAGCACUGCUCUACAGGAUUCCCAGCUGGUCAAUCAGCAGCUCCGUCAGAGAGACAGCGUACAGCCUCACUGUAAGGAUGUGGCAACCUCACAGGUUCUUCCAGGCAAAACCAUCCACAUUAUCUCGCGCUCAGAGAACCGUCCUCGGCCCGGCGGCGGCGGCGGCGGUGCGACUCAGUGUGUGUCCAUGUACUGUGUGGGCGAGCUGGUGUGUGAGGGGGCGGAGCUGAGCUUCGAGGAGCUGAGGGCACGACACCACUUCAACAAACUCAGACAGCAGGAGCUGCAGAGGCAGCAAGAGGAGGUGAGGAGGAGAUAUGAGGAGGAGGAGCAGGACGUGGUGAGGAUGAAGAGGCUGUUAGAGGAGCUGAACAGCAAACUGACUGAUGAGCCACAGGUUCUCACAGGGCCACGCCUUAUCCAGACCACCGACCAAUCAGGAGCCGUGGGCGGGCCGUGUGUGUCCGAGGCGUCUCUCACACACCACACAGACACCGCAUUUACUCAGAGACUGCAACACACACACACACACAGUCCCGUACACCAGAGUGUGUGUGUGAGUCGAGAGGAGGCGCUCGGUGUCAGGGCCGAGUGUACGGGUCACACUCAACAACCGGAACCUCUCGAGUGUGACGCAGACGCUCAGGAAGAAGCUGAAACACACGUGAACGCAGACGUGUCUCACGGUGGCUUUAAUCACUCUCACGUCACCCCCAACACGUCCCUGGGUCUCCUCUCAGCCACGCCUUCACGUGCACUUCCCUCUCCCACCGUCAACACCAGGGAGGCCCUGGAUCUGAUCGGGAACAUGUUCCAGGGGCCGACUCUGUUCCAGGACUCGGUGUUCGACACCACACACGUCAGCACUGCUCCAGAGGAGGACAGCUUCGAGAGGAGCUGCAGGGUCACCGGUUGUGCACCCCCCUCGGUGAAGGCUCCCCCCUCAGCACCAUUCAUGAUUUAUCAGGACGAAAACAACGAGAAGAAAAGCCUGGACCCGGACGUGAAGCCCCAGUCUGCAGCGGUCCGUGCGCUGAUGGAGAUCCCGGUCUCUAAAGCCAACGUCACACCCCUGGGGGCGGAGUCUCUUACUGAUGAAAGCACGAUGUGGGGUCCUGGACACGCCCCCAUGGCCCCCCUCCCCAAUCACACGCAGGACUUCGCUCUCUUCUCCCACCUGGUGUCCACUCCGCUCGCCCCCGUUACACCCUGCUGCAGGGACACACACCACCACAGCCAAGCGGAGGGCGGAGCCGACGAGAACCCGUAUCAGCGCCAGCCCGCCAAACUCAGCCCCAUCCUGGAGCAGAGCCCCCUGGAGGAGAAGCAGCGCGGCGGCGGCGGUGGCGAGUGCACCCUCACCGCUCAGGGGACCAUCGUGGGCGAGUGCGUCAGUCUGCAGGGACACGCCCACUCUCUGACGCAGCACAGUCAGAACCACAGCGCCAUCGGCAGGCAGGCGUUAGCGCCGCUCUGUGGGUCGGCUCCGCCCCCCUUUUCCGACCGGGGCGCGUCAUCCGGCGAGGAUCUCGACGCCUGGCACAAACCCAGCUGGAGCGUCUACCAGAGUCCACACGCGGAGACGGGAGGGAGACACAGUGAGCGCGAGACAGAGAGAGACCAGGUCAGCUCGUACCUGAGCGUCCUGCCGCCUGACUCCACCCACAUGCCCCGGGUCAGCCUGAGCGGCAGAACCUCCUCCGGGUCCGACGGCACCCGGUCCGUCUCACUCGCUCGGAGCUCUGUCGCACCACACGCACCCGCCUCGAACCCAGACCUUACCUCCAGCAGGCUCCGCCCCUUCGGAGAGCUCGAACCCGAGACCUCCAGCAGCCUGAACGUCUUCCGCGAGGCGGAGGUUGACUCCGCCCACUCGCCGCUGUCGGACCCAGAAGAAGCGGAUCUCCUCCUUCCUGAAAGGUCCUUCAACAUGACCAGGUCUGUAAGUCUGAUGUUGGAGAACCUACGAGUCCAGCAGCGCAAAUCCCUCACGGUUCCGCGAAGCCCGGGUCGGGAAGCUCCCAUGAGUCCGGAACCGGCCCCGGGGUUCGGCUGGCUCCGGGUGGAGAGUCCAGUCCGGCCUACCGAACCCGACCUGGACGUGAUGGCGGAGUCGCCGCGUCUGACCUCCGGACCUGGCUGGACCGUGUACUCGGACCGGCACUCGUCCUCGGUUCCGGAGCGGGACGUUCCCAUGAGUCCUGCUCCAGAACCGGGCCUGAACUGGAUCUGCUCAGAGAGCCCCGUGUGGGGGAGGGAGGCGGACCUGGACGUGAUGAUGUCGCCACCGCAGAAGAGUACAGGGGGGAGGGGGGGGGAGGGAUCCCGACACCUGGGGUGCGAGGACGUCCCCAUGAGUCCCUCCCUGACAUCGGCUCCGCCCACGACGCCAGUGUUGGUCUCUGACCCGUGGGAUGAAGCCCUGAUCGUGUCUCUCCUCGCUGGUCUGCGCACUCCUCUGACCUCUCACCCCUCCCUGAGCACCUGGUCCUGCUGUGUCCCCUCCAUCAGCCCCAAACUCACUGUACAGAUGGGUGACACGAGCUUGCGUGUGGACAGCGUGGUGGGUCAGGGAGCGUUCGCCACUGUCUAUCAGGCCUCCACCCUGAACUCCGCCCACAGAGUCAUUCUGAAGGUACAGAAGCCCUCGAACCCGUGGGAGUUUUACAUCAACGGUGAGCUGGACAGUCGCGUGGAGCCGCGAGCGCGUCACCUGUACAACCGCCUGCACGCCGCUCACCUCUUCAGUAACGGCAGCGUGCUCCUGGGCGAGCUGCACACCUGCGGCACGCUGCUGAACGUGAUAAACGUGUAUAAGAGCCGCAGUGAGAAGGUGAUGCCGCCGCCCCUCGUGCUCUACUUUACCGUGUGUAUCCUCGACAUGGUGGAGCGCCUGCACGCCGCGCACGUCAUCCACGCCGACAUCAAACCCGACAACUUCAUGCUGGGAGACAGGUUCCUGGAGAACAAGGACCUGAGUGAGGAGAACCUGGAGCACGGUUUGGUUCUGAUUGAUUUUGGUCAGAGUAUCGAUAUGACUCUGUUCCCUGAUGGAGCUCAGUUCACAGCCCACUGCAUGACCUCGGGCUUCCAGUGCACAGAGAUGCUCAGCGGCCGCCCCUGGACAUAUCAGACGGAUUACUUCGGCGUGGCCGGCACUGUGUACUGCAUGCUCUUUGGCUCGUACAUGCAGGUGAGGAACGACGGAGGAGUGUGGAAGACCGGUGGAGUGUUUAAGAGGAACCCUCACAGUGAUCUCUGGCAGGAGUUCUUCCACGUGUUAUUAAAUGUUCCCGAUUGCAAUUCUUUGCCGAGUUUGCGUGCUCUACGUGAGCGAGUGAGCGCCGCCCUGCUGGAGAACUACAGCACCAAACUGCUCGGCCUCAAGAACCGUCUGGUCGUGCAGAUCCUCGAGUCCAGGAGCUCCCGCAGAUAGGGUUCUCCUUCACUCGGCUCCUAAGGAUUAUUGUUAAUGUGGAGCUCCUCCCCCACUCAUCCUAACGAUCUCCACCUUCUCUCACAGUUACUAGUUAGUGUUACUGUUGUUGUUGUCAUUAUUAAAGUCAAGCUGUAGAAGUCUUCUCUCAAAUAAAAGCAUUAUUACUCCUG